CAAACUUUAAAGGUCCUGCUAAGAAUCAGGACGUUUCAAUUUCCUCUUACUGGUGGGUCUGCUGUGGCCGGUCAGGAAGGGCUGAGCCGUGGUCCAGCCCCGAGUGGAGAGCCAGCCUCUCACCAUGCCAGCCUGGUGCAGCUGGAACGACGUUUUCCAGUAUGAGACAAACAAAGUCACCCGGAUCCAGAGCAUGAAUUAUGGCACCAUUAAGUGGUUCUUCCACGUAUUGGUCUUUUCCUAUGUUAGCUUUGCUUUGGUGAGUGACAAGCGGUACCAACGGAAAGAGUCUGUUAUCAGUUCUGUGCACACCAAGGUGAAAGGGAUAGCAGAGGUGACACAGGAGAUUGUGGAGAAUGGGCUGAAGAAGGUGGUGCCGAGUGUCUUAGACACCGCAGACUACACCUUCCCCUUGCAGGGGAACUCCUUUUUUGUGAUGACAAACUUUCUCAAGACAGAAGGCCAAGAGCAAGGGUUGUGUCCCGAGUAUCCCACCCGCAGGACGCUCUGUUCCUCUAACCAGGAUUGUAAAAAGGGAUGGAUGGACCCGCAGAGCAAAGGAAUCCAGACCGGAAGGUGUGUAGAGUAUAAAGGGAAGCAGAAGACCUGUGAAGUCUCCGCGUGGUGUCCCAUCGAGGCAGUGGAAGAAGCCCCGCAGCCUGCACUCUUGAGAAGUGCUGAAAACUUCACUGUGCUCAUCAAGAACAAUAUCGACUUCCCUGGCCACAACUACACAACGAGAAACAUCUUACCAGGUUUAAACAUCACUUGCACAUUUCACAAGACUCAGAAUCCACUUUGUCCCAUUUUCCGACUGGGCGAUAUCUUCCGAGAAACAGGAGAUAAUUUUUCAGAUGUGGCAAUUCAGGGAGGAAUCAUGGGCAUUGAGAUCUACUGGGACUGCAACCUGGACAGGUGGUUCCAUCACUGCCGCCCCAAAUACAGUUUCCGUCGCCUUGACGACAAGACCGCUAAGGAGUCCUCGUACCCUGGCUACAACUUCAGAUAUGCCAAGUACUAUAAGGAAAAUAAUGUUGAAAAGAGGACUCUGAUCAAAGUCUUUGGGAUCCGUUUUGACAUUCUGGUUUUUGGCACCGGAGGAAAAUUUGACAUUAUCCAGCUGAUUGUGUACAUUGGCUCAACACUCUCCUACUUUGGUUUGGCCACUGUGUUCAUCGACUUUCUCAUCAACACAUACUCAAAUAAUUGGUGUCGAUCCCAUGUUUAUCCCUGUUGCAAGUGCUGUGAGCCCUGUGCAGUCAAUGAAUACUACUACAGGAAGAAGUGUGAAUCCAUCAUGGAGCCAAAGCCGACAUUAAAGUAUGUGUCCUUUGUGGAUGAACCCCACAUUAGGAUGGUAGACCAGAGGCUACUGGGCAGAAGUCUGCAAGAUGUCAAAGGUGAAGAAGUCCCAAGACCCCCGAUGGACUUCACAGACUUGUCUAGGCUGCCUCUGUCUCUUCAUGACCCACCCUUCAUUCCUGGACAACCAGAGGCUAUUCAGCUGCUUAGUGAAGAGGCAGCUCCUAGAUCCAGUGACUGCCCAGAUUGGUGCCAGUGUGGAAACUGCCUCCCGUCCCAACUCCCUGACAGUCACAAGUGCCUGGAGGAGCUGUGCUGUCGGAAAAAGCUGGGUGCCUGUAUCACCACCUCAGAGCUGUUCCAGAAGCUAGUCCUGUCCAGGGGUGUCCUGCAGUUCCUCCUGCACUACCAGGAGCCCUUGCUGGUGCUGGAUGCAGAUUCUGCCAACAGUCGGCUGCGGCACUGCGCCUACAGGUGCUACACUAUCUGGCGCUUUGGCUCCCAGGACCUGGCUGACUUUGCCAUCCUGCCGAGCUGCUGCCGCUGGAGGAUCCGGAGAGAGUUCCCCAAGAGUGAAGGCCAGUACAGUGGCUUCCAGAGUCCUUACUGAUGGCACCAGGCUACGCGGUCAUGUAAUGUUACCUUUGCUUUUGCACCUUGAGCUUCCCCUGCUAAGACCUGCAUCCAGAUUUUCAGCCAAAGGGAAAUGUGCUUUCCUCUCCCCCAGCUCUGUAAGUGUCAGGAAGCAAAGUGAUCUGGGUCAACAAACAACAAAUAAGCCAGAAUCCCUCAGCAUGGACUGAGAGCCAAGAGAUUCAGAAAGAGAGUUCCAUUCUGUCCCUAGGGAGUUGUGUGAUCCUAGGCCUUUAACCUCUGUACCUCAGUUGCCUUAUUAUCCAAACUACUGUUUCACAGGGAUAUUAGGAAAGCAAAUUGAGACAAUGUACACAAACUUUUCUUUUCUUUCAGGGCCGCACCCUCGGCAUAUGAAAGUACCCAGGCUAGGGGUUUAAUUGGAGCUGCAGCUGCCAGCCUACACCACAGCCACAGCAACACCAGAUC